AGGCGAGGGGGCGCUGUGGAGUCGCUCAGAGUCCCGAAGUCCGUCUCUGUUCCCAAUCCCUGUUUGAUUCGGAGCAGUCUUCUGAAUGAAAUGUCCAACAACAGCGCCAGCAGCAGUAACCUGGUUCUUGCCCAGAAAGCUGUGAAACAGCUGCGGCUUGAAGCAAGCGUCCGGAGAAUCAAGGUCUCCCAAGCUGCUCUUGAACUGAAGACGUUCUGCUUGCAAAAUGCUCAUAGGGACCCUUUACUUGUGGGGGUUCCAUCCAGUGACAAUCCAUUCCGGCCGCCCAAAUCCUGUGCACUCUUCUAAGAUGCAAAGGACGAGGCUUGAAAAACAUGUCUUACCAGUCGAUCUUCAUUCACUUCCUAAGUGAACUCUGCAGCCGGAUCAGCACUGCUUUUUAACCCUAAACCUAACCUCGUUCAUUUUUAUUGCAAGAACCCAUAGUUUUAAAUCCUCUUGCUUUCAUGCGUCCUGUAAUUUAACCCUAAAAGAGAGGACUUUAUGUAUUAUUUCAUUACGGUAAAAAAAAAUAACACGCAGAGGAUCAAACCAUUCUCAGGCGCAUGUAUUUACAACACUAAAUAUCAUCUCUUUUUGUUCUUUUUUUUACGUUUUUGUAUUACAUUUACUUUUAACAAGUAAAAAAUGCUUUAAUUUAGUUUAUUGCAGUUUGGUUGUGAUAUAUACAGAGUCAGGUAAAAGUCCAGCAUGAAAUAUAACGAGUCUUCCAGAUCAUAUAAAGAAGCAUAUAUAAAGUAUUUUGAUUUUGAAGUGUAUGUUGUUUAAGAAACAUUUGUAUUUGAUAUCAGGAGACUAAUGAGUGUGCUUACAGUGAUUGUUUUAAAAUGGCAACAGACACUGUGGUGUAUUUUAUGAGAUCGAAUCGGUAUAUUGAACAGACCUGUGAAACCGGUUGUUUAUACUGAACAUUGAGCAAAAUGUUGUUGGUAAAAAUCUUUCAUUGGUGUAACUGUGUAAUGAAUAAAAACACACUGAAAUCCAA